AUGUCAAUCACAGCUUCAACAGCUUAGAGCAUUUGCUUGGCUCCGACAAAUACCUCUCCCUCGAAAGCACUUUUCUCAUUCUCCAAAGCACCUAGAUUUGGAGUUGAAAGGAAACUUCUUAACGAAAAUGUCUCAUAUGAUAUUCCAACUGCUUUUUCGAAGAGAGCCCCAUCACUAGGAUAUGAUGACAUCCCAUCUCCAACCGCUUAUGGCACUAAGAGUGAUUUUGACAAAACUGAUCCUCACGCAAGAGCUUAUAGCUUUGGUAUUGCAAGAGAAGCAUAUUCAAAGGUUUACCUAAGAGAAAAUCCACCUCUUGAUAAAAAUAUUCCAGGUCCUGGCACUUAUGUCAUUCCUCCAAAAAUUGGAGCUGAGGCUUCAAAAUACUCAAUGAAAGGAAGAACAAUUAAUCAUGUAAUGCUAACCUCAACAAGAUUUAAUCCAGGUCCAGGAGCUUAUGACCCAAAGGUUAACUUUGACCCAAAUGGCACAUACUUUGUUGGAAAGAUCCAUAAUUCUAAGGCCCCCACAUUUAGUUUACCGACAUUGCCAAGAUUCAAGGAAGACAAAAAAGAUUUCAGACCAGGCCCUGGAUCAUAUCAACUCAAAGUAGGCAUUGCAGACCCCACUUCCUCAUUUGUUUCUACUUACAAAUCUCCAAAGAUCAGAUCCUUUUAUCACAGUGAUAGACAAACUCUUGACAUCACUAAAGAUCAGAAAAGCUAUCCAGGACCAGGAAACUACAAGGCUCCUUCAGACUUUGGACAUUAUGAGUCAAAAAAUAAAUUCAUGGGUCUCAAAGGAUCAAUGUCCCAGCAAACUCUCUGA